AUGAUCAUCGUAGACGCGCUGCUGAAAGCUUCCAAGGGCUUCGCGGAGACAUGGGUAGACCUAGUUGGAAUUACUAGCAUGAAUGGAAUUCCUUGGAUCUUGCAUGCCCUCGUAAGGAAGUCACCUCAAAUAGCAAGUGGACAGCACGGCCGUAACUCCAUGACACUUCCAAGUAGUCAGGAGGAUCCUGGUCUGUUCUGCUCCCACUUAAUCCGGUCCAACCAGAUUCUAUGGCAUGCUCUCGGGUUGAAGGUUGACCCUGGCCAAAUGACUAAUCAAAGUUAUGCUGAAAUUCUACCCGCGGACACCCGCCAAGAACCCAUGGGCGGCCUCAGAACCACCCCGCGUUUGGGGAGCUACGAUAUUCCCACAAAAAAUACAACUGGAAUGCUUUCGGCGGUAAGUGACAUCAUAAAAUCACUGACCCCGAAAGAACGACGCGCUGGAUAUAGCGUCGCCCUUCGGGGCAUUUUGAAGGCGAUAUGCGCAAAUUGCGUGGACGCGAGAGUUGAGUGCCGGAGAGACCGGCGGCCCAAAGCCCCAUCGAAACCAAAGGCUCUAUCAAGUCCACAUAGAAACAGUCAUAGCCCGAGUGUACCCGAUGUGAUGUACACUGAAUCUAAUAAUACAAACGAAUCAGACAAAGAGACUUCCGCAGAGAGGAGGAAGUUGAAUGAUCAUACCACGCGAUCGGAAAGUGCUCCCCAGGGGCAUGCCGAAUGGGCCACUGCUUCUGAAGAUUCUUCUCACCGCGCAAAACAGGCCAAGGCUAUUCUUCAGAAUGAGCUGAGCAUCGACAAUGAUCUGAUAUCUGACCGGCGGACAAUUCUCAGGUCCGCUUUAGAUCUAGUUGAAAAGGUGGCGAACAGGAAGAACUUGGACUUGGGCGGAUCUUCAUUGCUCAGGAUGGCCGAAACCCACUACGAAGGCAUUGAGGUUCCAGACGUGCCUCCACCAGAAUUGUUGUACAUGCUUCUUGGAGAGCAAUCGCCGACAUUGAAUGUUGGAAAAUACGUUCAAGUUCAAUGGCCUGACCAUGUCACUGGCAAAUCGCUGGAAGAAAUGGCCACACAGCUCCUGAACGGUGAUGCCCACGGACAGCUAUACCAUCAGCUCUGCAUCUGUAUAUAUGUAAAGGCUGUAUGUCAUGUAGAUCAGCUAUCAAGGUUGUCAAACAACGCCACCCUCUUAAAACGACUUCUGGGCUCUAAGAAGGUGUAUGAGUCCGCUGCCAUUCGCGCGCUCAGAGAGAUCGACAUCUGCACCACACCAAUUGCCCCUGCAAGAUUUACGGAUGCUUACGCCGGUGGCGCAGGCCAAAUUGAUGCAACAGACCGGCAGGAUGGAUCAAUGCUGGGUGCUCAACUCGUAUGCGGCACGACUUUAAGUUCCCUCUUUAUACGGCCAAUGUCGUUACCGGAGCCGUGUAUGCCUCUCGACCAGAUGCUUCGGAAGGAUGAAUCAAUGGCAUAUGGCACCGUGGUUGAAAUUAUCUCGGAUCUAGCUCAAGUGCAGGGCGAGCUACUAGAUUUGUCACUUAAUGGGAAGCGCAGGUAUGCCACUGAAAUAUCAGCCAGGUUAUAUGUGCCGACUGUUAAGAGGAUCCUUAGGCCGCUGAAGCAUGACCCAAAUGCGGCAGCAUAUAAAGAGUGUUUAUCGGCUGCCAGGACCUCGCUACGAGCGUUUCAGCUUAUCCAGAAUAAUCUUGCAGACGUACCCGGGAUCGAGGGUUCGUAUCCGUCGUUCUUGACAUGUCCAUUCUUUGUUCUCUUCUGUAAUGUGGUUCGUACCACUGACUCCGGUGACUAUCUUUUGUUGCAGGAAGUCACUCAAGGGCUAUCGCAAUAUACCGGCAACACUCAUGUGAUGAACAUGUUAGAUCUGUUAAUGGCCCUUCAGAAACUUUGCGAGCCAUUGUUCCAGACCGCACUGUCUCAGAAUGAGCAAGCUCCGCCUGUGUCGGCGACCCAUCCCACCGUGGACAGUCUUCCAUAUCAGGUUCUACCCCCAGACACGGUGGAUGGUGUCGGAGGUGUACAACCCAUGGGGUUCUCAACUCUGGGUGCUGCUGAUUCCCAAAUAUUGGCAACCGAAAGCCCACUUGGCUUAUCUACCGAUGAAUUGAUGUGGCAGCUGUUCAAUAGCCAACUCCCGCUGGGAUGGUACGAUAUGGACAUGUCGUCCUUCAACGGGCAGUCGUGGCUGGACUACUGUCCGGUCGUCUACUGUUUGGAUGUCACCAGUACUGUACAGGCUUUGUAUCUCGUGGUAGUUAUAUUCUCAAGUGAGCCGUCUGCUAGAGGCAAUAGCCUAAUGAAGGCACAAAGAUGA